CAGAGCGCUCCCGCCUCCCAUUGGCUGCUCGCUCCAGCCGCAGCCCCAGAGAAUGAAUGAAAUUGAAAUAGCUGCUACAUUACAUGUACAAUACCGGGCUCUGCAGUGUUGCAUUCUAUCAUACUAUAUCAAAAUGGCCACAGCGGUACAGAACCCCCUCAAAUCGCAAUCUGGAGGUGCAGUCAUCAAGAACAGUCUUGGUGAAGAGUUCUACAAGGAGGCCAUUGAACACUGUCGCAGCUACAAUGCCCGUCUAUGCGCCGAGCGCUCCAUGCGUCUCCCCUUCCUUGACUCCCAGACUGGCGUGGCCCAGAGCAACUGCUACAUCUGGAUGGAGAAGAACCACCGCGGACCAGGUCAUGCUCCAGGUCAGUUGUACACAUAUCCCGCCCGCUGCUGGCGCAAGAAGAGACGGCUAAACAUCCUGGAGGACCCUCGACUUGUACCGAUCGAGUUCAAGAUUGACUAUGAGGCUUCUCUAAAGAAGGAGGGGGGUAUCCCAGAUGGUCCUGUGUUGGAGUCACUGCUCGCCGGGGAAACCCUGGACAAGAAGGUAGAAACCAAGGAAGAAGAGCCAAUGAGCGAGUGUCAGAAGCUGCUUGUUGGAGAUUUCCCUCAUGAGCUGGAGGUGGACGAGAUGGAGGAAGACGUCCCGAAGCGCAAGAACCGUACCAAAGCACGGGCCUACGGUGUCGGGGGCAUGAGGAAGAGACAAGAGCCGGCUGCCAUUGAAGACAGAGACAAGCCUUACGUCUGUGACAUCUGUGGAAAGCGCUAUAAGAACCGCCCAGGGCUGAGUUACCAUUACACUCACACACACCUGGCAGAUGAGGAGGGGGAAGAAGACUCGGAGCGACACACGCUACCCUUUCAGCGCAAGAACAACCACAAGCCCAAGAAAGCACCAGACGGCUCAGUGAUCGCCAACGGCUACUGCGACUUCUGCCUCGGAGGCUCAAAGAAGACCGGCUGUCCUGAAGACCUUAUCUCCUGUGCGGACUGUGGACGCUCAGGCCACCCGUCCUGUCUGCAGUUCACAGUGAACAUGACGGCUGCGGUGAGGACUUAUCGCUGGCAGUGCAUCGAGUGCAAGUCCUGCAGUCUGUGUGGCACCUCUGAGAACGACGACCAGCUGCUGUUCUGUGAUGAUUGUGACAGAGGCUACCACAUGUACUGUCUGAGCCCUCCCAUGUCUGAACCACCAGAGGGGAGCUGGAGCUGUCAUCUGUGUCUGAGACAACUGAAGGAGAAGGCCUCAGCCUACAUCACCCUCACUUAAUCUGCGGAGCUGCGCCUCAUCCUCAUGGCCCUUCAUCCUCUCCCCAACCACCUCUUUGUCUCCCCUCUCUGUGCCUCAGCUGCCCCCCCGCCCUCCUCCUACUCGCCACCACCACGUCCUCUACAAUCCGUCCC